AUGCAGUGGGGUGAAUUAAGACGUCAGGCGCGGACAAUCGAAAGCGAAUUGGACGUAAAACUAACAGCGUUGUCCAAAGUGGGCAGUUCCUUUAUCGGCGGCAGCGUGAAUGCACAUCAUUCUCAGACAUCGCAAUCGUCAAUCAAUUCAGAUUAUGGUGAUCUUUGUAAGGAUAUCGAGGAUCUACUCCAACAAUUGACGCAGGUCAAUGACAAAAUGAGCGAUGUGGUUUCCAGCAUCGAUCAAGGAAACAUUAGCCAACAGCACACCGCAAAACGACACCGCGAAAUCCUCUUCGACUACAUGCAGGAUUUUAGGCGCAUGCGAGCGAACUACACGAGCGCGCGAAAUCGUGAAGAACUGCUCACAUCGACGCACCGCAUUCAGAACGCCGGCACGAGUGACAAACCGCCUGACGCGACACGCCUGCUGCUGGAAGAACAACAGAGCCUCUUGCACACAGACAAGAUGCUCCUCGACCGCUUGGCAGCCGCCUCUGCUAUUCGCUCGGCCCUGCGCUCACAGCACCACAUUCUCAAGACAACCACGGGCAACCUGUUGAAUCUGCGCGCGCGAUUUCCCAUUGUCAACAAAGUGCUUAGUCACAUCUCCUGGCGAAAGAAGCGCGACACCGUUAUCAUCGGCUCAGUGAUUGGUUGUUGUUUCUUGUUCCUCCUGAUUUACCUCUUCCACUGA